UUCCUCAAGUUUUUUCUCAAGUGUAAUCAGAACUGCUUGAAAAACGCUGGAAAUCCCAGAGACAUGAGAAGAUUCCAAGUAGUUAUUUCGACACAAGUAUCAGUUGAUGGCCCUCUACUGGCAGUAUCUGACAACAUGUUUGUACACAAUAACUCCAAACAUGGCAGAAGAGCGAAAAGACUUAACGCUGCUGAAGUUCUGUUCUCCGCAACUCCUUGCAUUAAAGCAAUUAGUCCUAGUGAGGGCUGGACGACAGGGGACAGCACUGUAAUUAUCAUUGGGGAAAACUUCUUUGAUGGACUGCAGGUGGUAUUUGGUACUAUGCUCGUAUGGAGUGAGCUGAUAACGCCCCACGCAAUUCGAGUUCAAAUUCCACCUCGUCACAUUCCUGGUGUUGUGGAAGUGACAUUGUGUUAUAAGUCGAAACAGUUCUGCAAGGGAACACCAGGAAGAUUCGUCUAUAUUUACCCUAACGAACCUUCAAUUGACUAUGGUUUUCAAAGACUUUCCAAGUUAAUCCCCAGACAUCCAGGUGACCCAGAAAAGCUACCAAAGGAAAUAGUUCUGAAGCGAGCAGCCGAUUUGGCAGAAGUGUUGUACGCUAUGCCUCGAAACAACCAGCUUGCCCCCAGAUCCUCAUCAUUUAACAGCUCCACCGCUAUAUCCAGUUUCAAUGCUUACACGGGUCAGUUGGCAGUAAACGUCCAGGACAAUGGACCAGACUUCGGACGAGUCCAAACCAAUGUUCUCUCCCCUAGAGCUUACGGAGCUCACAAUAACAACGGAAGUUCUUAUGGCCCAAGUACAGUGAAUGGAAGUUACGGAACUACAGGACAUCUUGGAAAUAUGGCCGUGGCAACUUCGCCUUGUCUACUCAAUGGAACUUCAAGAGUUGCAAAUAUAACGCCAUUUGCAACAAUGAACCCGUUUGCUCUCCCAGCCUGCAAUGGACAGUCCUACGGAGGGUCACUAAUUUCUUCUACCAAAUGACUCACGUGGCCUUGACGUAAACCAUUCUAAUGCGUGGACUUUAAUGCGCCAAUAAACACUGAUAGAAGAAAUCUUCAGUUACACAACAGUAUACUAUUGAUCCGCUUUCUAUUCAUAAUUUUAACCCUAUAAUACACACUGAAAUGUGAAAACGUUUCGUGUAUGAAAACUAUAUUUUGGAUAAUUGCUUCUAAUACCUCUGUUAGUUACGAACCAAACACCAUUUAGUGUUUGACGUUAAAAAAUGACAUUUCUAUCAUUUUUGGUUUAUUAACAUGGACUAUAUCAAAUGUAGAGUUUGGAAAAUAUCUACAAGAGACGUGUGAAUUAAGAAAUUAUUGUAUUUACACUAAAGAUGAACAAGAGAGAGGUCUUGUACAUCUCUAUUUAAUAAGGUUUGUUUCACAUUUUUGUUUAUAUUGUCCUAUUUUAAGCUUUACGAUGUACUGAGAAGAAUCAUUAUUAGUCUAAAAUCACAAAAUUAGGCAUUACUCUCGACACCUAAGACGAUGAAGUUGGUCAAAUAUUUAUUAAUACACGAAAUAAUAGCUCGAGAACAUUAAAUACAGAAAACACCGCAUUUUGUUAAAAAGCACAAGUCCCAAACUGAAAAUAUGUUUGGUAAAAAGAAUGUGAAAACUGAAGCACGUGUCCGACGUAAGAAACCGAGGAUAAUAAAUCCAAAACCCUGUCUGGAUUUGGUGGUGAAGAAUGUAAAAAUAGAGGACUUCCCUUAUGUUUGCAGCCACGAGUGUAAAAAUGAAGAUUGUACCUGUUGCUGAAACUAGCAUAAACUGAUGUUGAUGCCUAUAACCCUUGAUGACAAACUGGAGACAGUACCUGCAAGAAACCAAGGAUGUUGAAUUGAUGAUCACGUUUAGGGUUCGUAUCUAUGGAUUAAAAGCUAAAGAUGGAGACUGCUUCUGAGAGUAGUAACCAGAGGCAUUAAACUGGAAAAUUUGCUUGACGUCGUCAGAUAUGAUAGACAAACUGGAGACAGCACCUGCAGGAAACCAAGGAUGUUGAAUUGAUGAUCACGUUUAGGGCUCGUAUAUAUGGAUUAAAAGCUAAAGAUGGAGACUGCUUCUGAGAGUAGUAACCAGGGGUAUUAAACUGGACGUCGUCAGCUAUGAUAGACAAACUGGAGAAUGCGUCUAACAUAAGUAGCUAAGGACUGCAAUCCGAUGUUCAUGUCUGAGGCUAUGUAACCCAGGAUAGAGAUGUAGAUAUCAUUUGAGAAUGAUAACUAAAGCUAAUAAUUUAAAGAAUGUGUCUGAUUUUGGCAGAUAAGGAAAUCAAACUGAGAUUUUUCAAGAAGGACAAGAAAUGCAUUUACUAUUGUUAACCAAUAAUGUUGAGAUGUAUGUUACAUCUGUCGUUAUUAAUCCAAGAUUGCGAGAUGGUGAUCAUGAUAAAAAAACAACAAAAAAACGAAGUGUCAUAAUCAAAGCCAUAUUAAAAACUAAUGGUAGACUGUAAAUCACAUAUCUUAUGUAGGCAAUGAAGAUGGAUUAACAUUAUUGAUUGUUACAAUGAAAAAAGGCUCAGUCUUAGUAACAGAGGACUCAAGAUGGAUUAUCAUUCUUGAUUGUUACAAUGAAAAAAGGCUCAGUCUUAGUAACAGAGGACUCAAGAUGGAUUAUCAUUCUUGAUUGUUACAAUGAAAAAAGGCUCAGUCUUAGUAACAGAUGACUCAAGAUGGAUUAUCAUUCUUGAUUGUUACAAUGAAAAAAGGCUCAGUCUUAGUAACAGAGGGCUCAAGAUGGAUUAUCAUUUUUGAUUGUUACAAGGAAAAAGUAUCAGUGUUAGUAAUAGAGGACGAAACAUUAAAAUUGUCAAGUGAAGACAAUGCCUGAUUUUUGUUGCUGAUGUCCAACCAACUAUUUUAUCAUUUUUUUCUUAUCUUUGAACUGCCACAAUACCUUACAAAAAGAAACCAAAAACCUCUGAACACCUUCCACGAUGUACCGUAAAGAGAUCUGGCUUGUAUAGUAUCCAUAUUCAAUGUUUUCUCUGAAUGGUUGUGUUGACCACUUCGCGAACAUCCAAGACUCGAAUGCCUUUUUUCAUUAUGCAAGGUCGAUUGUAGGAAUCUUUUUUUUUUCAGUUUUGUAAAUAGGACAUGUGUACACACGUAAAUUAUUGUUGUAAUUUUUCAUAUUUCUUAUUAUAUAUGUAGUCCUUUAAAACGGGUGAAAGAAAUAUGCAAUUCACGAAUUUGGAAUGUAACACAAGUGGUUAGAUAAGUUAUUCACUGACCCUAUGACAGAAAGACCCUUUCAAAAAGUCAAAAUUAAACAGCUGAAAAGAUGUAUAGAAUGUUUUUUUUGUUUUCAACACAAACUUCUCCAUUAAGUAGAUAUUAGGAAUACUAAUUUAGACAAAUACAUUUUGUUGAUAUUCAAGGCUUUUCAUUGACUUGUGGUAACAGAAAGAAUGAGAAACGUUAGCAAUGAAGUUUAUCAAUGAUGGAUUUCGUUUGAGAUCCAAACACAUCCUUGAAUCGUUUGAGUAAUAACGAAACACGAGAAGUUGAUACUUUCUGUUUUCCUGACUGAGAAGCAUAUGUAAACGUAUUUUGAGUAUUAUUCUAUAAUAUUAAACUUCAUUUAUUUUUAAAAACUUUACCUGUAAAAUACUUCUU